GAAAUUACUAUUAGGAAAGCGCGUGAAUACUACGUAUUAAGAUGUCCUAUUGCUAGCCUAUGAGUAAAAAAACAAUUCGGCCUGGUCGUGCUUGGUUAAACUCUCUAAUUCUGUCUCUUAAACGCAUUUUCUGCGCAGUGGCUGCACUCGAACCGAAAAGACCAAAGUUCCUUGCCAAGCCGCCCAUCAUUACGGAUAUUUUGGUGUAUCGCUAGUUUCUAAUUGUAUAUAAUGGCGCGGUGCGCAACUAAAAGACCAAUCGCCACUCAGCUAAAAAAUUGAACGUCACCCAGGUGGCUCGACUUAUCCGUUUCCCCCACGUAAUUCACUACAGGUAGCGGAUCCAGAUUUCGGGCGCUUUGCUUCACACCGCAAAUGCCAGAUAUAGUCUUAUCAUUCGGCCGUUCUAUUCUGAUUCAUGCUCAUUUUCUCCUUUUUGAAUAGAUGCAGCGGCUUCAUCGGGGCAGCACUAGCGAUUCUGGUAUCAUUACGCUAGCAAGCAUUGCUCAACACGACACUGCACAAGUAUACCGAGAAUACAUAUGAUGAGCGAUACAUACAUGGCGCUGAUAAACACGCUGGUGAAUAAUAGUGGUUAACGUUAGGUGCCGUAAAGUAACAGCAAUGCUUGACUUAUAGUUCUCUUUAGCCUAGAUAAAGGAAUCAGAUUAGGUAGGUAAAUCAACGACGAACGGGACAAAGCCAGCGAGCAAAAGCGAGACUGAAGCAAGCAUAGCGUUUAUGACUAUUUGUCUCAACCGGCGUCAUCGUUGCUAACACUAACGUCAUCGUCAGCGGUGCUACGAUCAUCGUGGAAGGGUUGAUCGUCGGCAUCAUCCAAUUCUGAAGUGGCUUCAGCAUCUGCAAACGCGGUAGUAGUCAUAGGGUGUUGCCUCUAUUGGUCUUCUCUCUUUCCUUCCUUCUCGCAUAUUGCCGUUCGCUACUGAAGUUUAUACAACUACCGCCAGGAGAAAGCUUGGCAGCACUUUCUGCUGGCCGCGUUAAGGCCGCCCAUAAUCGCAACAGCAGAAAGAGUGGCCGACAACUGUGAAGCCGCCGCCGCCACCCCAGCGCUGCAGCGUUCAAACAUUGUUGGUUAGCGUUGGCACGAACAGUAUUGCUUUUUGAGCCUCCAUAACGUUUGUUUUCAAACUUGCGACCUGUGGCUUGCUUUUGCUGCUGCUGCAACUACUGAAGUCGUUGAUAACGUUAAAGCGAUUGCCGGCAGAACGUGAAUCUGGCGGCGUCAGCUUCUGCCACGACAACAACAUUAACGUCGGCACUGCAAUGCGCGAUCAACGAAGCCCGACGGUAGAAGCUCAAAGUUCUCCUUGGUAUUAGCUACGCCCGAAGUCUCCUUGUUCUUCUGUUUGUCUGCCUGUACCUCUACCAACGAACCAUGCAGCAAUUGUCCACCGCACACAAUACCCGUGUACGCAGCUCACCGUAGUGACUAAAUGAGGGGAGUAGAUGCGUGAGUUCAGUAGGAUCGAUCGACUCCCGCGUGCUAGCGAGCGGUUGCUGUCAUUCGUUUCCUCAUUUGCUGUUUUUCUUGGCCACCCGCCGCUGUUGUCGCCGCCGUCACAUCAUUCCCUUUUCAGUCAACUUCUGCUCCUGCUGCUGCCGCUGGUACAAAUUCCUAUGGUGUUGCUGUGACAGCCGCGGCAGUUGGUUACGUCUGCUGCCGCCGCCGCGCUGGAGGCCGACGGCGGUGGCCAACUCUAAAAUAUCUUUACAAACUGGGCGCGACCCAUCGGCAACGUUGCGAACAGCCGAACAGUACCGGCAAAGUGCUCUUCGCGUGUUGUGACAGUAUCAGCCGUCGUAGUGGUGUGAUCCGAACAGAAUGUCCAACUCCUAAGAGCUAGAUAUUCGCAACUGGGCGUAUAUCAGGACACGCACACGAACAUACCAAGUUAGCUUACAGGCUGAUUCUCUGAAUAGUUAUUUGCAUUGCCAUUGCCGCUAACGUUACCACCGCUACGCCAAGUGAUCCGCUAUUGCCGCAUAAACCAUCCACCGAUUGGCGCGCAGAGGUGUACACAGUAUCGAACGCUGUAUUAACCUAAGGGUCAUACUUUUGCUGUCCGUUCAGUCUUCGAGAGAAUCAACAAAAUCAUCUAACAGAAAGGUCGACCAACAACACCUGCAACCUCAGCGAUACUGCCGACAAUUUGAUGUUCUGCUUCGCGUAUAGCCGGCUGUCAGUUCCAGUGGACCAGUGCAUGCACGCAUCGUAUUACGCAGUUCCCCAAGGAGGCAUAAGCGCAGAUUAAGCUCGAACAAUAGCACCUGUCAUGGUGUGCACAGGUGCUGCUAUAGAAAUUAGCAGUGCUAUGCCCCGAGGGCACAUCUCUAAUUAUAGUGUGCACUAGCAGUGGCGGAUUCUUGACAAGUUUGACAACUUAACAUUGCCCUUUCUCUCAAAAGUGUUGUCCCGCCCUCUCUGAAUUGCAGAGCCUUUGAGCUUUUGGACAGUAUCGCAUGAGCCGCUAGGCAGUCUAACAACUAAGGAUCGCUUUCCGUCUGAGCAACAUCAACACGUAUAGUCACGUAGGGAAACAGACUAAUUAAGACAUGUGCUCGUAAGUGCGAUUCCUAAAGCUGUGGGCGCUCUGAGUAAGUACGCUGGUCAACGCCAAGUUUCGAUCUGUCCACGCUACAAGGCGAUUUAUCAGUACUGGAAGAACAAAGCUAGCUAGCGGUGGCAGGAUCGCGUGUGCCCAUUUAAUGACGAUACAAGGACGUUCAGUUGUGGCCUGAGUUUGUAAGUCCUGGAUUUCAAUUAUAUAGUGAUAUAUGGUAAUACUGGUAAAUAAUUACCAGUUGACGUAAGGGGGUCGCAGAACGAUACCCCUGCGGGUAAAGGCCGACCUUUGUGCUAACCUAAUACGUGAAAGGCGUAUAACAUAACGCCAUACAGACAACUACGCUCCUGUUGAAAUACGUGCCAUGUUGUGCUGUAUUGAUGCCCCGGAACAGUUCUACACUAAAUGGGUAAAGCUUAAUAUUAGUCUCGUCCCUGUUUCUUGUUGGUGAAUUCGGCCAUCCAAGCUCGCAUCUUUCCUUAUUACCUGCUGCUGUCCCUGUAUGUGGAAAGAAGCAGAGGCCUGCAACAGGUUCUUCGCUUCAAAAGUUUUUAGAUUAGUGUGGACACAGGGAUCGUGUAUCAAUGAUGGUUUCAUCGCGCCGAAAAGCCGAUAGCGGCAAUCAGUUAUAAACACCGGCUCCCAAUCGUUUGUCGCCAUUGGAAAGCCGAUUCAAAGUUACCCGUUCGCAGAAAAUAUUAGACAUCUGAGAACGAUAUCGAACGAAGAAAAUUUCCACCCAGCCAUUUAUCUGCUUGCGUACAGCGCGCAGCGGUUUCCACCGUCGAUGUCCGUUGAUAAAGUCUCAAGCGACUAAGAUUAAACGGCAAGACAAAAUAAAAUCGCCGUGUAGGUCGAAAGGCACCUUUCCCGGUGGAUUAUGCCAACGUCCCCCUGUCAAGCAGCUUGUUACGAUCCGUUAUCACGAGUGGCGACAAGACAAGUAGAGAUCUAGAAUGUCGCCCCAAGGAAUAUGUAUAUUAUCAUGCUUAUUGCUGAUAAGCUGCGCUGGGUCAGCAGAGCUGCUUAGCAGCGACAGAAAAACUACCGGCAACCCAUCGGUGAAUGAUCGACUAGACAUCUGCAUGAAGUGUACUUGUCUCAAUAAACAGAUCACAUGUAACUCCGACCUCAAACUCAGCGACGUACUGCUGCUUCAAGCUCCACGUGACUAUAACGUCCUUGACCUAUCGACCCAGCAACUCACUACCAUUCACGAGGAGAGCUUCGUUGAGGGUGUCGAUAUCACCCAGAUCAACCUUGCCUACAACCACAUCAGUUAUAUCGCCCCUUUCGCCUUCCGCGCCUUCAAAAACCUUACUAGUAUUACGCUGGCUUAUAACAACCUGGUUACGUUGGAAGAUGACAGUUUCGCUUAUCUUCCACGUCUUGAGGAACUCGAUUUGUCCGUAAACCGAUUCAAGCAUUUUCAUCCGGAGUAUUUUGCCAAGCUGUCAAAUCUCAGGUACCUGAUCCUCGACCAGAACCACCUUGACAGUCUCCACAGUUCUGUUUUCAGGAACAAUACUAAGUUGACGCAUCUGCAUAUGAACAAACUUUACAUAGACAGGCUCGACGACAACCUGUUCCAGUAUACAAAGGACAUUCAGGUCCUCCAUCUGGGAAAUAAUUUUUUCGAAACAGUACCGUAUCGGGCUUUGUCCAAACUGCUCAGGCUUGAGGUCCUAACACUCAGCGGAAACCCCAUACACUAUCUUGGGCCGGCGUCAUUCCCCUAUCUUCCAAAUCUCCAGCAGCUAAUCUUGCAUGAUAUGUCCAGCCUACACCGAAUCGAGGUUUACUCGUUCAGCGACUUGCCAAUGCUUCGCAACCUAAAGAUCCAAAACUGUAAAAACCUCCUCUACAUCGAUCCCAAGGCAUUUAUUCUAAAGAUGCAAAACAAUCCGGUAAAGUAUCCGAAAAUAAGGAAUCUCGUUAUUUACGACACGCAAAUUACAACGCUUAGCAAGGACCUCCUCAACUGGGAUGAUAUUGACGAUCUCGACUUGGGAAAAAAUCAGUUCCAUUGUAAUUGUAACUUCACUUGGAUAAUUGAGGUUGUUAGAAAACAAGAAGUGAACAAUCGGAUUCGAUGCAGUAGUCCCCCGGCGUUUGCAGGCCACAUAAUUGGCGAGCUGCAGGCCAGUGAGGUGCCUUGCGACAAUUUCGAUCCGCUGGCUAACGAUCCCCGGUUGCGAGAACAUCGGUUAUCGGCAAAAACGAUUGCUACCCACCGAGGUUUCUCUCUGCUCCAUCUCGUCGUUGUCGUGAUGUCUGCAGUGACCGUAGUGCUCAGCAUAUUGCUCCUCCUGUCACUGAGGAACCGGGGCUUCCUGUACCGAAAGCUUGGCAAACCUCAACCGAUGACGUAUGCAGGCGGCGAGAACGUUCUCUACAUGCGGACCACAAUUGAUAACUACUAGUUUUAGAUAAUAACAAUAGUGCCCCGAGUACGGUUUUUUGGCUCUCGUAGUUUCCUCUUGACGGAUUACAUACAUACAGGACAUCUAUUGAACAUAAACGGUAGCUUAACUUGCCAAAGUCAGCCAGAUUCCUAAGACAAAUACUAAGUUAUCAAGUUGACGAAGUUGAAGACGACGCUUCUUGUUUUGCUGGCAGAAUGUAUUAUAAUCAAUUCGUGUAAGAUACGACGAAGCGAUUCUUUUUCGAACUAACGCUAAUUGGCGGUAUGUAAAUUCAAUGGCGCUAGAUAGACAUUUGCGGAGAAAUAUCCCACCAGGAACACAGUGUUCUUCAGGGGGAAAUAAAAUCGAGCUCAAACUGUUUCGUUACCUGUUUGGCGAACCCUUACAAAACUGAACACUUUAAUAAAGCCAGACCUUUUCGGAAAUCUACGACACUGUCCAGGGGCAUUAGGCUGAGUCCCAAGGGUCGCAACAUAAAUAAUAGAUGACGGAUAUCCCAUAAAAGAAUUCAAUCACCGUGCCGCUCUAUCGAACUAUAAUUAUCGUGUUUUAAAUUUAAUAUAUACAUAUAUAUGCACUCUUAUCAUUCACGUACACACAAUAUAAAAGCGUAAUUUUUGCACAAACGCUUGUACGAGAAUAAACGGCGCAAUCAGUUUACAAAUAGAGACAAAGUGACGGUUGAAUGGCCACUGUAUACACAUGUACACUCGACAAGCAAAAGAGUGUGACUAACCAAAGUAAACAUAGCCACGACGUAGCAGUAAAACGAAGUACUAAACAAGAAAGACAAAGGUGGUCAUGUAAUCCCGACUGUGCAUGGGAACAACGUAAUGGUCACAGAAUUAUUUUUAUAUUUAAUAAUAUAUACGAAGCAUAUAUUCCGUAGAUACAGUUGGCAGUACGAUUGAUGUCUGAAAGGG